AUGAGUGAACUUGUUGAAACCCCUUUGUCUCAGCAAACCGAACUCGGCAAGAAGGAAAUAUUUUCUGAUGAUGUUUGCUUUGAAAUAAUAUCCUAUAUUGAAAAUCCAAAAUUCAUCUUGUACAAGUGUUCCCUCAUUUCAAAGCAAUUUUUAAAUGUGAUCAAUGAACGUGCAAAACUUUCAAUUGAAUUCAAAAACAUUACCGAUAGCAAAUUCAAUGCUGUUAGGAAAAGUCAAUUUUUGGAGAGUUUUACAUCUCUGAAAUUUAUUUCCGUAGAGGAAGUGUUUGAUAUUAAGUAUUUGGAGCUUGUUGGCCUAAUGCGAAAUUUGACUAAACUUUGUGUUGGCGGAAAUGAAAUUGGGUUGCAAGGAGCAAAGAUCGUCAGUGAAUUCAAGCAAUUAACUAGUCUAUACAUUGACUCGAGUCAAAUUGGUACAGAAGGUGCAAAAUUAAUUAGUGGAAUGACUAAAUUGACUGAACUUGAUAUUAGUGCAAAUUAUCUCUGCGCAGAAGGUGCAAAAUCAAUUAGUGGCAUGGAUCAUUUAACGUUCCUCAAUAUCAGUUCCAGUAAUAUAGAUCAAGAAGGAAUCAAAAGUAUCAGUGAAAUGAAAAAUUUAACUAAACUUGACAUUUGUGGAAAUAAUUUGGGUGCUGAAGGUGCAAAAUCCAUUAGCCAAAUGAAGCAAUUGACUUAUCUGAAAGCCUAUACUAAUUCUCUAAGGUCAGAAGGAGCAAUUUUUAUAAGUGAACUAGAUAAAUUAACCACACUCAAUAUUUGUUAUAAUGAAAUUGGAGAUGAGGGAGCAAAGGCUAUUAGUCAAAUGCCAAACUUGACUGAUCUUAGAAUUGAUGGAAAUAGAAUUGGUCCUGAAGGUGCCAAAUCUAUUAGUGAAAUGAAACAAUUGAGACUUCUUGAUAUUAGUUUCAACAGAAUAGGGGAAGAAGGAGUGAAGUAUGUGAAGGGAAUGAAACACUUGACUCGUCUCUUACAUUAA